CUCGAAGACCCUCAACAAGGGCAACUGGGAAUUUAGAAGGACAGCUUAGUCCACUUCUGCUGGGAAUGAAAUUUUGAAAAGGAAAUUAUCAAGUUUUAUUAGUUCACAUACAGAGCCAGUGGAUGUUUCAACACCGUUUCCUGAAUGGAUUUCUGCUGAUGUACAAUUAAGAGGUAAAAUGAACAUGGAAUGAAAGCAGAAAAUGCUGGAAAUGCAUGGCAGAUCUUUGGCCUGAGACAGAGUUAAGAUUUCAGGUUUGACUUAAUACAGAGGAAACGUGGAUGAUUAACAAUUGUUAUUUCAAUGGUGUUUAAAUCUUUGGACAGACUUGAUGGAAGCAACUGAAAGAUGCAUGUAGAAACGUCAAUCAAAAAGGAAAAGCAUUUGCUGCUGUUCGGAUUGAUGAUCACCUCCAGCAAUUCUUCUAGCUUCUGCUCAUCAACAGCUGUCCCAUCAUCUGUUUCUUUCUUCCUUUCUUAGAAAGAGACAAAUACACAUUCAGACAUUUACAGACAGACAGAGGGAGGGAGAGAGAGAAUAAAACGCAGACAUGGAGAGAGGGGGAGAGAGAAACACAAAUAGGCACACAUUUACAGGCAGAAUGCAAGAGAUAUACAAAUAAAUAUCUAAACAUUAUAAUUUCAAAGACUGAAAGGGAGAAGCAAAAUUGUGAGAGACGCAUAGAUUUAACAGUUUAACAGAGUGUGUGAAAGAACAAGAGAGAAAGAGAGGCACACAGACACAUUAACUCAUUUAUUUACAUGUGCACAUUGUGCUCAUUUGUUAGUUUCUAUCGUAACUGAACUUGCAGAAUUCUGCCUUGCUUCUUGGACCAGAGCAAAUGGAACACGAGAGCCCCAAUCCCAGCUCCCCUCCGUAUUCUGAACCCCAGACUCUCAUUCGAUCUCAGCAAACAGUGCAAACUGGCAGCACUGCUGUGUGCCCAACAUUUCAGAACAUCAAAGGCCCAGUAAAUGUUACAGUGCAGACAGCCAGCAGCCACAGCGAAAGCCGACAAAUGUUAAGGGACGUUGUGGACAUCGCAGGAGUUAUUGAUAAUCACAAGAAGGUAUUGAGGGCAAAAGUCCAGUACAUCACUGAAUACACAAGUAAGCCUGGUGAAAAGAUCCUGAUAAUGGAGAAUUUCACCAACCUAUGGAUAACCGAAGGCGACUGCAACUCGAUUCCCCAAAGACAUGAGGUGAUGGAUAUUGAAGCCAUGUCCAGGCAGGAGAAGUCUGGUGCCCGUUCCAUUGACUACACAGAAAUAUUCCUCUGUUCACAGCAUGAAUCCCGGCCACCGAGGAUCACCUUAACUAAGGGAUUGGCGGGAAUUGGGAAAACCAUCUGUGUGUAUAAGUUUGUUUAUGACUGGAGUAGUGGCUCAGCGGCCUUGGACUUUGACUUUCUGUUCAUGUUUCCGUUCAGAGAACUCAAUCUGCUGCCGGAAAGUAAACUCAGCGUCUGCCAGCUGGUCCAGAGGUAUUACCCUCACAUUGAGGACACAGCAACCCUGUUAAAGGAUCCCAAUAUCAAAUGUCUCUUCAUCUUUGAUGGCUUAGAUGAAAGUCGUCUCUGCUUGGAUUUUAAUAAGAGCCCAGAAUAUGCUGACAUCGAGCACGCGAUGAAACCCCGUGUUCUCCUCGUCAAUUUAAUUAAAGGAAAUGUGCUUUCCCAUGCCUCUGUUUGGAUAACGGCCCGUCCUGCAGCUGCCCGCCAAAUCCCAGCUGCUUAUAUUGACCGACUGACAGAAAUUCAAGGGUUUCGGGAUGAAGAGAAAGUGGAAUACUUUCGCAAAAAGUGCAAAGGAAAAGCAGACAUGAUUCUGUCCAAUGUGAUGAGGCAACCCAGCCUUUUCACCAUGUGCUAUGUCCCAGCUUUCUGUUGGAUUCUGGCUACCAUCCUGCAACAUGCUAUGAAAUCUUACAGCGAGACAGAAAUCCACCAGCACACCCCCAGAACCAUCACUGAGGUCUACAGCAACUUCUUGAUUGUGAUGAUAAUGUACCACCAAGAUAAGCAGAGCCACGGGAUAACUGAGAGGGAGAAGAUUAGUGACUUGCUGCAAGCCAAGCGCCCAGUCAUUCUCAGCCUGGGGAGGUUGGCUUUCCACUGUUUGAAAGGCCAGAAGCUGGUCUUCUGUCAAAAGGACCUGGAGUCAUUUAGGGUGGACCUGUCUUUGCUAUGCGAUGGCUUUUGCAAAGAGAUCCUUCUGCAGGACGAGCCCAUCUUUCAGCACAAGGCUUAUGCCUUCAUACACCUGACGCUGCAGGAGUAUUUUGCUGCCCUAUAUGUUUUCCUUCAGCACCACAUGGGCCAGCACCCAAACCCACUAGCAAAGGGGCUGAUGACGAAGGUGCGAGGCCUGUUCUCCCGUCCCAGCUUUUCUGAUGUUUGCAGAAGUGCAUGCAAGAAAGCAGCAUGGAGCCAAAGUGGGCACCUGGAUAUGUUCCUCCGCUUCCUCUGUGGUCUCUCAACUGAAAAGAACCUGCAACUUUUGCAGGGUCUGUCAAGCCAGGAGGCGAGCAGUGGUGAGGAUGCCAUACGGACUGCAGCCUACAUCAAGAGAACUUUACACAGGGACAUUGCUCCGGAACGAUGCCUGAACCUGUUCUAUUGCUUAAAUGAGCUAAACGAUGGCUGUAUAGCUGACAAACUGAAGGAAUCGCUAAGGGAGGGAGCUCUGGCCACUCGAGACCUGGAAUCAGAUGAAUAUUCGGCCAUAGCAUUUGUGCUUCAAACAUCUAACUCUGACAUGCAGGAGUUCAAUAUAGCAGAUUACAACGUGUCUGAUGAACUGCUCUGGAGGUUGCUGCCUGUUGCAAAACUAUUCAGAACAGUGAAGUUAGUUCAAAAAGAUGUAACAAAGCACCUGGUGAACUUUCUCGAAGCUCUUCUGAUUUUAUCCAAAAGUCAAGUUCAGGAACUUUGCCUGGAAAAUACUGAAGUCAGUGAUGUGGCAAUGAAACAACUGUGCGUAGCCAUGAAGAAUUCUUAUUGCAGAUUGCAGUCAUUAAGCCUGUCAGGUACCUACUUCACUCAAAGAUCCUGGGAAGAGCUGACUACUGUUAUCAAGAAAAAACAGACAAUAUUAAACUUGGAUUUAAGCUACACAUUCCCAGAUCAUUCUGCUAUAAGUUUAUUGGCUGCUGCUCUGAAGGACUCUGAAUGCAGACUGCAAACAUUAAAACUGAUUAGCAAUGAUCUCAACUUUCAUUGUUGUGAGGAACUGGCAUCUGGGUUGUCAAAAAAUCAGAGCCUGGUGGAAUUGAAUUUGAGUCACAACCAACUGAAAGACUUGGAGGUGACAGUACUGUGCAAUGUUUUGAAGGAGCCGGAAUGCAAACUCCAAAUACUGCACCUUCAUCAUAACCAGAUCAGCAGCAACUGUUGCCAAGCAUUGGGUUCUGUUCUCACCCAAAACCAAGCAUUGACUCAACUGAACCUGACCCACAAUAAGCUCGGCAAUGCUGGAGUUAAAAUUCUGUGCAGUGCAUUGAAGAACAAAGUCUGCAAACUGCAAAAAUUGAGUUUGAAACAUAACAACCUAACGUACAAUUGUUGUGAAGAAUUGGCUUUUGCUGUCAAGGACAACUCAGAAUUACUGGACCUGGACAUCAGUGCAAAUAAGGUAACUGACACUGGUGUCAGACUCCUGUGUCAAAUAUCAACAAACCACAGCUCCAAAAUGCAGUGUUUCAGGUAAGCAUCAGU